AUGCCCGUCGCCCUCUGGCCUCUUCGUUGCCAACGCCAGCGGGCUUCAACAGCACAAGCUGCGCAGCAGCUCGCAUUGGUUGUGAUGGCUCAGAGUUACCUAGGACGAGCUAAGCAGCACAAGCUGGCGAAGGGCGUGCUUCUGAUUGAAGGAGUGGUUGCCUGCGACUUUUGCACUCGCGUCUCAGCAGGUGCAGUACUUCACUUGCUAUUGUCUGCUUUGCAGAGGGAGGCUGUCGUUAUUUUUUCGGUAGGCUGUCGUUAUUUUUUCGUGAGUAAAAAGGCAGCCCUUUCUGUAGAAGCAACCUGGAUCAUGAGGAGAGUCACGUUGCAUUGA